UGGUGCGUACGUACGCCUACCAGCUUACGAAGUACGAAGUUCAUUGUGUGCCUAUAAAAUUCUGAGAGAAUUUGCAGCAGUUUUGACCACCAGAAGCUAUAAGAGUUCGCGCAUGAGACAUUUUAAUAGCAACAUGGCAGGUUUUAUCAAGAUUGAAGAUGGACACACUUUUUCCAAAGAAAUGUUUUGCAUUCCUCAUCAUUAUGAAGAUUUCCUGGAGUCAGUCAUGAUUCCUAAAGGCCUUAUUCUUAACAGAGUUGAACGAUUAGCUCGUGAUAUUUGUCGUGAUUUUUGUCAUGGUCCAUUAGUAGCUCUUUGCUGUUUAAAAGGUGGUUACCAAUUCUUCUCACAUUUGAGUGAAUUUAUCAUCAAUUAUAAUGGGAAUUCAGGUCAGUCAGUCCCAUUUUCGAUUGAUUUCAUACGUCUGAAGAGCUACGAGAAUGAUUCCUCUACUAAUGACGUUAAAAUUAUCGGCGGGGAUGAUUUAUCUUCUAUAACUGGAAAGAACGUUUUGAUUGUUGAGGAUAUUAUUGAUACUGGAAAGACGAUGGAAAAGAUGCUUCAAAUUGUUUCACAAUUUAAACCGGCUCAGGUUAAAGUCGUCAGACCUGAUUAUAUUGGUUUUGAAAUCCCAAAUCAUUUUGUUGGUUAUGCCAUAGAUUACAAUGAAUAUUUCAGAGAUUUAAGUCAUAUCUGCGUUAUCAAUGGAAAAGGAAUAAAGAAAUAUGAGAAAUAGAUCGGGCUAAAGAAAUGAAGAAAUCAUCGACGAAACGACUACUGAUUUAUGACUGAUUUUUACAAACGGCAUCUAUACAAUCGGCAAUUCCAAACAUAUCCGGGAGUAAUCCCGAAAAUAUGAAAUCGUUCUAUUUUAAAUGCAUUAAGAUAUUAAAUUAAUACAUAUAUUUGUGAUGAAAAUUUCUACUUAUG